AGGCGGUAGAUAUCCUGAAGGAGAUGAAGGAGAAAGGUGUGGUGUUGAACGAGUCAAACCUCACCAUGCUCUUCUACGUGUUCAACAGCUUAGUGGCCGAAGGUGGCGUCUCCACCAUCCGACGGCUGCAGGACACCAUCUUCACCCUCGGUCUGGCCAAGCCCACCACCAAUCUCUGUUCCCCCCUGAUUUCUGCCUACCUGGAGAGUAAGGACCUGUCCGGAGCUCUGGAGGCAACGCUGGACUUUCAGAAGCGCUACAAUCAGCUGCCUCGCAUUCACGACAUCCUCGUCGCUCUGGUGGAGAAAGGAGACACAGAGCUGCUGCAGAAAGCCAUGGACUUCGUGAGUCAGGAGCGAGGGGAGAUGAAUAUGCUGUACGAUCUGUUCUUUGCAUUCCUGCAGACAGGCCGCUUCCGGGAGGCUCGUAAGAUCAUUGAG